AGGGCCGGGCUAAUGCAAAUCACUGCAAUCGGCAGCAGCAGAAGAAAGGCGAAGCAGCUGCAGCCCGGGCUCCCCAGCAGCGGGCUCCAGCCAGGGGAGGCGUAACAAAGGCAGCGGAGCCGCUUUCUGCGGCAACUACUGCGAUUAAAACCGGGUGGUCGCCGGGGGGGGAGGGGGGAAGCCGUUAACUCUUUGGCCGAUUGCCAUUUCGAGCCGCUGCCUUCCCUCUACGCUCGCAGGCAGGUCUGAGGGAGAAGGUGCUCGCCAGGCUGCGGAGAACAGGUUGAACUUCAAGAUGUCUUUUGGGAGAGAUAUGGAGCUGGAGCAUUUUGACGAGCGUGAUAAAGCGCAGCGAUAUGGCAGAGGGUCCCGGGUGAAUGGUUUGCCCAGCCCUACUCACAGUGCCCACUGCAGCUUUUACCGAACCCGUACCCUACAGACCCUGAGUUCUGAGAAAAAAGCCAAGAAAGUUCGGUUUUAUCGUAAUGGAGACCGGUAUUUCAAAGGGAUUGUAUAUGCCAUCUCUCCUGACCGGUUUAGAUCCUUCGAAGCUCUCCUGGCUGAUCUGACCCGAACUCUGUCUGACAAUGUGAAUCUGCCCCAGGGAGUGCGAACAAUCUACACGAUUGAUGGCUCCAAGAAGAUUUCCUCCUUGGACCAGCUAGUAGAAGGGGAAAGCUAUGUAUGUGGUUCCAUAGAACCCUUCAAGAAACUGGAGUACACGAAGAAUGUAAACCCAAACUGGUCAGUGAAUGUCAAGACAACUUCUACUUCUCGUUCAGUACCUUCUCUUGCCACUGCUAAAGGAGGUACUCCAGACACAAAAGAGAAUAAGGAUUUCAUUAGGCCUAAACUAGUCACUAUCAUCAGGAGCGGAGUGAAACCACGGAAAGCAGUCCGGAUUCUGCUCAACAAGAAGACAGCACAUUCAUUUGAACAAGUUCUUACUGAUAUAACUGAUGCCAUCAAGCUGGAUUCAGGGGUGGUUAAACGAUUAUACACAUUAGAUGGAAAACAGGUGAUGUGCCUUCAGGAUUUCUUUGGUGAUGAUGACAUUUUUAUUGCAUGUGGACCAGAAAAGUUCCGUUACCAGGAUGAUUUCUUACUGGAUGAAAGUGAAUGUCGGGUGGUGAAAUCCACUUCCUAUACCAAAAUAGCUUCGACUUCACGUAGGAGCACCACCAAGAGCCCGGGCCCAUCCCGACGCAGCAAGUCUCCUGCUUCUACUAGCUCAGUGAAUGGAACCCCUGGCAGCCAGCUUUCUACUCCCCGCUCUGGGAAGUCUCCAAGCCCAUCUCCCACCAGCCCAGGAAGCCUAAGGAAACAGAGGAGCUCCCAACACAGUGGCUCCUCUACCUCAUUAGCAUCCACCAAAGUUUGCAGCUCUAUGGAUGAAAAUGAUGGACCUGCAGAAGAAGUGUUGGAGGAAGGUUUCCAGGUUCCAGCAUCAAUAGCAGAACGAUAUAAAGUUGGAAGAACUAUAGGGGAUGGAAAUUUUGCUAUUGUGAAGGAGUGUAUAGAAAGAUCAACUGGUAGAGAAUAUGCACUGAAAAUAAUCAAAAAAAGUAAAUGCAGAGGGAAAGAACACAUGAUCCAGAAUGAAGUAUCUAUUUUAAGACGAGUUAAGCACCCCAAUAUUGUACUUCUGAUAGAGGAGAUGGACAUGCCAACUGAGUUGUACCUUGUCAUGGAACUUGUAAAGGGAGGAGAUCUUUUUGAUGCUAUCACUUCCACCAACAAAUACACAGAGCGGGAUGCCAGUGGGAUGCUUUACAAUCUGGCUAGUGCCAUCAAGUAUCUUCACAGCCUGAACAUUGUCCACAGAGAUAUCAAGCCAGAGAAUCUACUGGUGUAUGAACACCAAGAUGGAAGCAAGUCCCUGAAGCUAGGAGACUUUGGCCUAGCAACAAUUGUGGAUGGACCUCUGUAUACUGUCUGUGGGACCCCAACAUAUGUAGCUCCAGAAAUCAUUGCUGAAACUGGAUAUGGCUUGAAGGUGGACAUCUGGGCAGCGGGUGUGAUUACUUACAUCCUGCUCUGUGGUUUUCCUCCGUUCCGUGGAAGUGGAGAUGAUCAAGAAGUGCUUUUUGAUCAGAUUUUGAUGGGACAGGUGGAUUUUCCAUCUCCAUACUGGGACAACGUCUCUGACUCCGCAAAGGAGCUUAUCACAAUGAUGCUUCAAGUAGAUGUAGAUCUGCGAUUCUCAGCAUUGCAAGUUCUUGAGCAUCCAUGGGUUAAUGAUGAUGGCCUUCCAGAGAAUGAGCAUCAGCUGUCAGUAGCUGGGAAGAUAAAGAAGCAUUUCAACACAGGCCCUAAACCAAACAGCACAGCGGCUGGAGUUUCUGUCAUAGCACUGGACCACGGGUUUACCAUCAAGAGAUCAGGGUCUUUGGACUACUACCAGCAACCAGGAAUGUAUUGGAUAAGACCACCGCUCUUGAUAAGGAGAGGCAGGUUUUCCGACGAAGACGCAACCAGGAUGUGAGGGGACGUUAUAAGGCACAGCAAGCUCCACCUGAACUCAACUCCGAAUCGGAAGACUAUUCACCAAGUUCAUCCGAGACUGUUCGCUCACCUAAUUCACCCUUUUAAUAAAACACUUUUAUUCAAAAGUCUUGGCUUUAACCCUUUGAGACCCUGAAAAUCCUUCAGACCUGUGUGAAGUAAUUACAGCUGAUCUAUCCAGCAGUAAAUGCUGGGAUGGUGGAACACAAAAGGGUGCUCACAGAAUCUUUGUAAGAAUAAUUUCCUAAUUGAUUGAAAUACUUGCUCUCUGUUUAGAUUGUAACUUGCUGCUAAUUUGAUCCUCAAAGGGUUAAGGCUAUUUUGCUUUUUUUUAUUUAAAGAUAGGAGCAGUGAAUGUUUUCAUCAGUGAAGCUAGGAACUGCAGUAUGUAAUUUUAGCACAUGUUAACCCUCUGAGUAAACGAUAAGCUUAAAUCUUGACAACCCACAUUAGGGCUUUAUUCUGGCUAUGUUGCUUUUAUACGCACAUAUCUUUUAUAGUACCUUAAAGUUCCUUGCCUGUUUCUGGCCAAAACAAUACAAAACGCACUAUUGCUUAGGGGUUACAAAUAUGAGCUUUAAAAAUUAAAAUAAAAGUAAGCAAACAGUAUGUUCUACAGCAGCUCUUUUCUAAACCUGUAUUAUACUUCCACAGGAAGUAGCUGCUGUGGGAGGAUAUUAUGCAGGCUAAAUGGGAAAUUCAGUUUAGGGCAACCUCAUAGUUUACAGAAGAUGACAUGAUGAUGGCCACAAAAGGUUGCUUCCAUAUCGUUUGCUGCUAAUAACAAUGCAGAGUCUUGGGAAAUGGCUUGAGGACAUGUUCUGUCAUGUAAUGGUAGUAAUGAUCUAGUUGAGAAGUUACUGGUUCCUUUGUCUCACGUUCAGAAAUGUACAGCAUCCUGUCAUGUACAGGCAACCAAUCAUAACCUGGUUAUUCCAAGAGAGUUGCUUUCAAAGAUUAACAUGGUUGAGAAUUACCUUUACAAUAACUAGAGUACUUUUAAAUCGGGGAAAAUACGAGUCAUUUAAUAUAUAUGUAAAACCUAAACUGAAUUAGCAAAAGUAUUGUCUUGGAAUGGAGAAACUAAAAAUGAUUCACCAGUUCCAUUUGUAAUAUUUAAUAAAAUGGGCAUUUACACAGAGUAUACAUAUUUCUGGUUUAUUAGAACCUCAGCACAGCAUUAUAGCAUUUUAUUCAACCAUCAUCCCAAAGUUAGCUUUCACAGAAACAUUACACUUUGUAGAUUUCUGCUUCAGCUGUGGUAAUUUGGAAGAAAACUAUUAUAAAACCAUGCAGAAUUUCAAUUAAAUAAAAAAAGACAACUUCCAAAAUCUAUUCUAAUAUUAAAAGAAACUAAAAAAUAUGAAAUUUAUACUUUCCUCUUAUUACUCAUAUAAAAUGGAAGUUUUCUUCUCUAAAGUUAAAAUUUUCUCACAGUGUUUUUAAAAAGUCCCAUAAACAUGUUACUUCUCUCUCCUCAUCCUUUUUAUUUCUCCCCUUUCCUUCCAUAUCAUGCCACUAGAAAUAUCAAUAUACUGCCUGAAAAGAUAUGCAAAAUCUUCUGAUCUUGCUGCGAAGUACAACUGAAUUUUGGAGGAACAGGGCAAGUUGCCCACAAUGCCAUUUCCGUUCUGUGUUGUGUUUUGUCAUGGAACCAUCCCUGCAAGCAGUUGUACCAGUGAAUGCGUACCUACAACUUGCUGGAGCUAGUGUAAUGCUCCUUUGCAGUUCUAGUUGGAAUUCUCAGUCGAAAUGUACUUCAAGAAACAUUGACAUUCUUUUGUUCCUCCACCCUUUAAAGUAUAUCUUCAUUGCUUCACUCAUGAAAAUUUAUAUACUAAAUGCUCUGAAGAUUUCCUAUACAGAAAGUUAAUCUUGUGAAUCUUCACACAAGUGGUACAAGUAUUUCCUUCAGAAUGCUUUUAAAUUCAUCCAAUGGUAAUAAUCUGCAAGUGCAAUAUUUAUUUGAAACUAGGUGUCCAGACCAGAUGAGCAUUUCCAGGUUUGAUUCAUUUCACCUGUCAUGGGCACAUGUUUUAGGCAGGACUCAUACUUUGAUUCAGCUAUUGCUCUCACUCUGUUGACUAUAGAAAGAACUGCUGAUGGAAGCUUACAUCAGACACCAAACAUCAAAUUAUAGUUUAGAUCAAUGAAUGUCACCCCAAGUCAUUAGGAGAUUCUGACCUCUAAAUGUAUGUCCAAGGGCAAAAGGUCUGUGCAUGGCUUCAGUUACUCUGUCUGGAAACCGAGUAGCAACAGCUUGUCCUAAGUAAAGCAAAUUGGUGUCUUCAAGAACUCCAAAGGGGCAAGAGGUGAAGGGAUAAAGGAGCUGCCAUUGGAAAGAUGUCUGCUUUUAGGUUUUGAGAAAUGUUGUGUCUGUGGGAGAUCCUUGACUGUGCCUAUCAAACCAUACAGUUAUUGCGGACAGAAGACCUUCGUAGACAGCCACUUCUGUUCUGAUGUUAAUGGCUGUGGUUUGAGAACAUCUGGAUAGGACAGGGAUUGUUUUUACCACAGGAUCAAAACUUCAGCCAAAGUAAAACCUCCCUUGGCACUUAGGUACAUCAGUUUACAGUGGGUUAGGAUUUGGCACAUUGUCCUUCCCACAUUAUAUCACAGUCUUCCAUUUAGAAGAGAUAGAACUCAUCCAUGUAAAUGCAAAACAUACAUUUGGUAAUAAAAAAGGUAUCCAUUAAUAGCACACGCUUCUUGACUGUUGAGAAAAUUUGUCAUUGUUAAGGCAAAGAGCAAUGUUCAUUCUUCUUAAUCGGAGAGAGAAGACAGGAGAAAAAAUAAAAUUGCUUCACCUUAUGCAUGAUAAAUAUUACUGAUAAAACCCCAAAGCAUUCAGGACUUUCCUAUCACCUUUGCUUUACCUUGAUUUGGAAUGUUUGACUCCUUCAUCUUGCACCAUCUUGUACUACUUAAAAUGUACAUUAAAAUAGCACUACAUCCUGAAAACCCUACUCAUCCUCAAAGUCUUAUAAGUUUGUGAUCUUUGAUUCAUGUUUUAUGAACAUAACUACAAGUUAAUUU